AUUUUGUUUCCAGGGAGAGGUAGUGAGGGACUGAGUUUAUACAAAAAUUUACACCUGACACACACACACUCUCACUCUCUCUCUCUCUCUCUCUCUCUCUCUCUCUCUCUCUCUCUCUAAACUCACUCAGCCCCCUCUUUAUCUUCUUCUUUCUGGGUUGAUUCUCUUUCAUUAAUUGGUGGGGUUUUUCCGUUUUUCUCUAAUUUUAAUCAAUAUAUAUUAAUUAAUUGAGAUGGAGUUUGAGGAUCAAGAGGAGCACGAGGAGGAGAUGGAGAUGGCGGCUAGUUACGACUCGCUCGGCAACUCAGCCGGAGGCCGAGUCAAAAUGUCGAGUUCUGGACCAGAUGGUUUGGCGCUAGCAGCGGCAGCUGCAGCGGCGGCGGCGUCUGAGCAGCAGCAGCAACCGAGGAAGGCUGUGAGGUACCGGGAGUGCUUGAAGAACCACGCGGUGGGGAUUGGAGGCCACGCGCUGGACGGGUGCUGCGAGUUCCUGGCUGCCGGCCCGGACGGCACCCUCGACGCGCUCAAGUGCGCCGCCUGCAACUGCCAUCGGAACUUCCACCGAAAGGAGGGCGACCCGGCCGGACACGGUCUCGGAGUCAUAACCGACGCAUACGGGCAGCUGGUGCCACACCACGGGCAGCAACACCACCCGCAGUUCUCACCGUACUACCGGACUCCAGCUGGUUACCUCCACGUGGCGGCGCACCACAGGCCGCUGGCUUUGCCGUCUACUUCGGGAGGGGGAGGGACCUACAGCGGGGGGCAGGAGCAGGAUGACGACGUGUCAAAUCCCAGCGGAGGCGGUGGCGGUGGCGGAGGGAGUGGGGGUUUGGGAAUGGGAAUGGGAACGGCGUCAUCUGGGAAGAAGAGGUUUCGGACAAAGUUUAGUCAGGAGCAGAAGGAGAGGAUGUUGAGCUUGGCGGAGCGGCUCGGGUGGAGGAUUCAGAAGCAGGACGAACCGGCAGUUCAGCAGUUCUGUAACGAGACCGGGGUGAAGCGCCACGUGCUCAAGGUUUGGAUGCAUAACAACAAACACACUCUGGGAUUGCAAUGUCACGUGCUUGUAAACCUGUUCCAUGCAUAUUGUUCUCCGCAAUUUGUGUGUGAUGACUUGUAGCUCUCUCCGCAAUUAGUAUGUGUGUGAUGAGUUGGUGGAAGGGAGGAUCAAUCGAGCGUGUGUGAUGGAUUUUUGCAUUUUCCUGUUUGAUUUAAUGACUAUCGAUCAUGCCCAUCUUUUCUCCACAUGUUUGUACAUUUCUGCAGUGUGUCUAUGCUGCUGCUUUUUCUUCUCUUCUCAUCAAUUAUUCAAUCCCCCAAACCUUUCCGUUUUGGUCCACGAAUCAGACUUUCUGUAUUGGUAUUAGUAUAUGUUGAGAAGCAUUAAUUGUAUGAUUGUAUGGAUGUUCUUCAUUGACUGCAAUGCAAUGCAAAACUUUUUCUCUUUA